AGCAUGGUUCUAAAAUGGGCCAAAACAUAAAGCCCAACAAUCAGCACUAGAAUAGCUUUAAAACCCUGAAACCCUAAUCUCACAAAACAUUUGCGGCGCUGCGAAACUCUCCUCCUCCUUACUCUUCUUCUCGUCGUCUCCGAUCUCAUUUGGUUCCAAUUUCAGUGUGAAAAUGUCGCUCGGAGAAACUGCUUGCUCAUACGCCCUUCUCAUCCUUGAAGAUGACAACAUUCCAGCAACUGCUGACAACAUAACCUCUUUGUUGAAAUCCGCAAAGGUUGAUGUUGAAUCUUUCUGGCCUGCUUUAUUCGCUAAACUUGCUGAAAAGAAAAAUAUUAGGGAUUUGAUUGCCAGUGCUGCUGGAGGUGGUGCUCCCGGAGUAGCUGUUGCCGCUGCUCCAGCUGCAGCAUCAGGUGGUGGUGCCGCUGCUGCUCCAGCUGCUGCCGAGAAGAAACCAGAGCCAGAGGAAGAAGAGAGUGAUGAGGAAAUGGGAUUCGGCUUGUUUGAUGAAUAGGUUUUAUUUUUAGUAUAAUUUGGUGUCGAUCUAUUAUUAGCUCUUGGAAUACUUGAGGAUUCGGCCAAGUAAAUGUUUUGUUAUUUUGCUGUUGUUUUUGUUUUUGAACAUUUCACUGCUAUCAAAUCUUCUUAUUUUGUGUUUGUCUUAACAUGUUACUUGAAUUUCAUAAUUGAUACAAGAUGAUUGCUUGGGUUAUGUUUA